AUGGCCGAUUACGACCACUAUGGUAGCUCUGAGGAGCAUGCCGAAAUCAAGAAGCUGGAGGCUGAGGUCGAAGCCGAUCCGGACAACUUCGAGACUUGGGAAAAACUCAUUCGCGCGUGCGAAGGGCUGGAAGGAGGCCUCAACCGCAACUCGAGCCCACAAGCCCUGGCUGCUCUUCGCAACGCCUUUGAUGGCUUCCUGCUAAAGUUCCCGCUCCUCUUCGGCUACUGGAAGAAAUAUGCCGACCUCGAAUUCAACAUUGCCGGCCCUGAAUCCGCAGAGCUUCACGCCGCACGGCCGCUCGAACCCCUCCUCAUGAACUUGCAAGCCUGGAGUGUCAUGAUUGGCCCCAUCAUUGCCAGCCGGCUCUUUGAGCGCGGUGCUACCCACGUGGGCCUGGACUUCCUGGCCCAUCCCUUCUGGGACAAGUACAUCGAGUAUGAGGAGCGCCAGGAGGCAGAGGACCGCGUCCUCGCCAUUCUGCGCCGUAUCGUCACCCUGCCGCUUCACCAGUACUCAAGAUACUACGAGAAGUUCCGUCAGCUCUCACACAACCGUCCCGUCUCUGAACUGGUCGACGAUGACGUACUCGCUGCGUAUCGCGCUGAAGUUGAGGCACCGUACGCCGGCACGCAAAGGCCCGAGCUCGAGACUGAACGUGACAUCCGCGGCAAGAUCGAUGCCAGGUACUAUGAACUGUUCACACAGACGCAGAACGAGGUCAGCCGUCGCUGGACCUACGAGUCGGAAAUCAAGCGCCCUUACUUCCACAUUGACGAGCUCGACUAUCAGCAGCUUGCCAACUGGAACAAGUACCUUGAUUUCGAAGAAGCAGAGGGCGACCAUACUCGCACAAUCUUCCUGUACGAGCGAUGCCUGGUGACGUGCGCUCUGUAUGACGAAUUCUGGUUCCGCUACGCCAGGUGGAUGUCUGCGAAGCCCGACAAGGAGGAAGAGGUCCGCAUCAUCUACCAACGCGCCACUACGAUGCACGUCCCCAUCAGCCGGCCCGGCAUCAGGCUGCAGUUUGCCUACUUUGAGGAGAGCUGCGGACGCAUUGACGUGGCUCGCGACAUUCAUGCCUCGAUCCUCAUCAAGCUGCCGGAUUGUAUCGAGGCCAUCACCUCCUGGGCGCACCUGCAGCGCCGGCACAGUGGUCUCGACGCAGCGAUCGAGGUGUUCAAGAACCAGAUCGACUCACCGCACGUCGACAUCUUCACAAAGGCAGCCAUGGUCACAGAAUGGGCGUUCUUGCUGUGGAAGGUCAAGGGAACCGACGAGGAGGCUCGCAACGUCUUCCUGAAGAACGUGGACUGGUACGCCGACAGCCGCAUCUUCUGGGACAAGUGGCUCGAGUUUGAGCUGCAGCAGCCGACCAGCGCGGACACGGAGGCUCUGCACGGCGAGAGGGUGAAGCAGAUAUUCGACUCGCUGCGCAGCAAGAGCAGGCUUUCCAAGGCGUCGAAGAAGCAGCUGUCCCAGAUCUACCUGGAGUAUCUGCUGCAACGGGGCGGUAAGGACGCUAUGAAGCAGUUCCUUCUUGUCGACCGCGAGGUCUUUGGUCCCUCAUCCAUCUCCAAGCUCUCCCCACCGAACGCCAAGGAGAAUGGCGCGGGAAGUGCGGAUCUGGACGCAGCCACGAACGCGAAGGCGGAGGCUCGAUUCUUCAACUACUACCAACUACACGGGGAGCUGGACGUCGAGAGGCAGGGCAAUGUGUCUUUCAACUGA